UUCACUAUCAUUGAUUGUUGUAUUCCCAUCAAACUUCGUCAUGGCACGGCAAGAACACAGUUCAGAAGCAAGCACCACAGCUCCUAAGUCAUUCUUGCAGUCCACAAAAGCUUCAUUCCGUAAUCUAUUCCUCUUCUCAAAGACCAUACCUUUCAUUGGCGGUUUGGUUGUAAGCUACAAUUUUUUGGAAAUAGCGGUGCUCUCUACAUUGAUGGACUAUCUCACAGAUUAUAUGGGUCGUGACCAGCGGAUAGCUGCUGUUGUUAUUAAUCUGCAAGAUGCUCUAUCGUCUUUCUUUCUUGUUUUUGUUUCUCUAAUCGAAGAAGCAUAUAUAUGGGUUGUUUCACUAUGAUCACAUUAUGCACUGCAGCUUCCAUUGAGGGCUUAAUGCUACUAUGGACGUCUACGACAACUGUAGAGGAUUUUUCGAGCUAUGCAGCGAUAUUCAUCCUUGCAUUGGGGAAAAGCGGUCAAAAGCUUUCAGAAAAGUUCCUCGAGUAUCAGUUAGAAGAGAAAAUUAAAGAGAAAACAGAAAGAGAACUGGAACAUGGAAGCAGGCAAAACAACAGAGCGCAAGACCACGUUGGUAGAGGUCGUAUAAUUAAUAUAUGGCUGCUAUUCUUCGUUUCAAUUGUUGGAUAUGUCAUAACAGUUUGUAUGGCCUUUACCAUGAAUGAUGCAAGCUACCGUUACACCUUCAGAGUUGCGGCACUUCUUAUGGGGGGGACUCAUCUGUUUUUCCUCUUUGGUUGUGUGGGCUAUAGGCGCAAAGAAUUGAGGGCUGAAAGCUAUCUACACAUGAUCUAUAGAAUCUGCAAAGCAGCUUCCGGGAAGCGGAAAUCAAAGUAUCCAGCAACAGCGAAUUCAUAUCACUGGAAGAAUUAUAAGCAGAAGCACUUGUAUAAGCAUGGUAGAGGACUAAGGUUAUCCCCCAGAGUUCCACGGUUAUUCGGGUGGUUGGACAAAGCAGCUAUAGUUGAAGUUGAAGAAGAGAAUGGUAAUCAUGAAAUGCAAGAAAAGAAAGGUAAGCUUUGCAUGGUAAAGGAAGUGAGGGAAGUGAAGAGCCUUGUUCCAAUGAUCUACCUGUACAUAGCCAGUUUUGGUUACGAUCUACUCCUGGCCACCAAGAACACGUUCUUUGUUUCACAAGUAACCAUCAUGACAUCUAUUACAAAGAGUAAUAGGGAUAUCUGGAUUCUCUUUUUGAUCUCGGACAUCAUGAUUUAUGUAUCGGAAUUCAUCUGCUUUAUUAUUAGUUUUGCAUUUGGACGCUUGAAAAAAUUCAGAAGUAUGGAUGGUAGGUCCAAAAGAAAAGCAGGCACACUUACAAGGAUUGGUUUUGGCAUGCUUUGUGCGGUUACUUGCUGCCUCGUAGCAUGUCUAAUGGAGUCUCGUAGAUUGUCCAAAGGAGGAAUGACCACGACAAUGACCUUAGUGCCACAAUUUGUAUUGGUAGGAACCACGGAGGGAUUUGUUGAGGGGGGGUUAGGCAGUUUAUUCCAGUGCCUCGUAGCAAAAUCAAUGUGGUCUUUCGAGGAAUCGUUUACUGAAAUAGUGAUGGGUACUGGCAAACUCCUCACUAUACCAGUUGUCUUAUUUUCCAGUAGCUGGAUCAAGGAAACUAUCAACACUAGCCAUUUGAACAGAUACUAUCUGUUGUUGGGAAUACUGAACGCUGCGUUCCUUGUCGUUUUUGGAUACUACUCCAUCCGAUAUGCAUACAAGGAAGCAUGGCCGGAAGAUGAAUUGGAACAUCCUCCUCAUCAACCAGAUUCUCAUCAGGAAAAUGAUGAUAAUGAAGCACAACCGGAGGACCAAGAUUUAGUUGAGUCCGUAUUGGAAGAACCUCAGGAGGUUAUAAAAAAUAAAGCGGAGCAAACAUUCAAAGAUUUUCAUCAACAAAACUCACAGGAUUCUUAUUCAAAAACUGAUAUUGAAGCUCAACAGAUGGUGGACCAAGAAUUGGGAGAACCAUAGUUUUUGGGAGAUCACCUCAGAGAAUCAUGUCAUUUCUAGCAUUCACUGAGGUAAGGAGAAAUGAGUAAUCUUACUUUAGGCAUAAGAUAUAUGUUGGUAUUGAGAUUGACCCUCAAUCUCUUCAUUGUUGUAUGUGUCAUAUGAAGGGGGAAAUCUCAAAUUGCUACUUGUGUUUUUGCCUUCCUUGUGCUUCUUUAGUGCUCUAAUUGAUGUUAUUGACAUGUAUGUACAAUUUUACAUACUAAACUAAUCUUAUGAAUCUUGGAUUAUUCAUGGUUUCCUAUGGGAACCCUAGAAAACAAAU